AUGAGCCAGAGAGAACGUGGAGGUAAUAAUGAGGGAAUUUCUCAAGCCCUUUAUUUAAAAAGACAAUCUAAAUCAUGGGAAGCAUUCCAACAAUCAGUUUUAAUGGGAAUUUUAGUAAAAGAAGGAUAUACUUUUAAUAUUUCAGUUCCAGAAAAGUAUAGUAAUAAAGUUUCACAUUUAUUUAAGAUUAUUACUAUGGAAAAACAAGGAGAAUUAAUUAAAAUUGAUGAAAUAAUUAGAAAUGAAUGUCAAAAACUUGCUUCAUUAGAAUCCAAAAAAAUUUCUGAUGCAUCACAACUUAAAAGACAUAGUUAUAAAAAUCGAGUAUCAAUGGGAUUAAAUAUUUUGUUAAAAGAAAUUAGAAAACAUGGAUAUGAUGUUAAAAAAAGAGGGACAAGGGGAAGUGUUUUUACUAUUAUUGCUGAAAAAUUUAGUGAAAUAUCUUUUGAUCAAAAAGUGUAUUAUGAUAAAGCUACUAUUCGGUCGUUAGGAAAACAAAUUAAUGAUUAUCUUCUUAAAAAAUGUAAAUCUAUUGAUAAAAAAGAUUUAAUUUCUUUUUCUAUUGAAGACAUGAAUCAAAUGAAUCAAGUUACUCCUCAUUCCAUUAAUACAACACCUUCUGCUUUUAUAAAAAAACUUAUUCAUUUCAGUUCUUUAGAUCAAAGUUUUAAUAUAUGUUAA